AUGGAUGCGCUGCCAUGCGAUGCCCAGGCUCGAGCAGCCGUGCUCCCCUCGCGCGGCGGACCCAGGUGCUACCCCACGAUCUGCACGACCGACAUGGGCAUCUGCACGCCGGAGCCCUGCGCGUGCCCCACCUCCCGCGACCCCGAGGUGGAGUGGGCCAAGAAGACUCUCAUGACUGGCGACGGCACGAAGUGCUGGGCCUGCGAGAAGAAGGCUUCGACCGCUGGAGUCGCCGUAGACGACGACUCGCAGUUUUGUCCCUCGCAGGUCGGGCGGUGCUCCUUGAAGCGUUCGUGCAAGUGCGAGGAGAAGACCGACACGAAGAGGGUCACGAGGACGAAGGACGGGGAGAAGUGCUGGACCUGCGCCCCGGCGGGCGAGGGCAGCGGCGGGUUCGGUAUGGACAGCGGCCAGAAGGCGAUGUUCUGGAUGCUCCCCAUGCUAUGGCCCUGGAUGGACCUCUGGGACUCCAUCUACCAGGUGUGCGAGGGCUGCCGCGCGCUGACGACCUUCAUCGCACUCUGUGUGGUGGGCUCCAUCUGCCAGAACUUCCUGCCCAUCCUGAGGCUGGACAAGUUCUUCUCCUUCUUCGCCCCGUGCAUGAAGAAAGGCGAGUUCUGGCGCCUCUUUACGUACUUCAUGCUGCACAGCGAUCUUCAGCACCUGUGCGUCAACCUGUUCCACCUCCUCGACGCCCUCGACUUGGAGGGCGUUCCCGACAUGGAGGUGAGCCCCGGAGUGCCGCUGCGCUGUACCCGCGAUGGGCCAGUGGCGUCGAUCUGCUACCCAGACGUCGGCAUCGGGUUCUACCACACCAUCGGGUGCAUCGCGAUGGUGCUCGCCUUCGGGGCCCUCGUGGGCACCAUCAAGAGCUUUGGGGCCCUCGUUCAGGGCGCGAGCUCCGUCUGCUUCGGCGUGGACGGUGCUCUCAUCGCCCUCUACGCCAUGUUCCUGGGUGCAGGGCUGGACUCACAGCUGAAGAUCCCCGAGUUCGGAUCGUUCUUCUGGAUGCGCAUCGGUAUCAUCGCGUUCCACAUCAUAAUCGACGUCGUGCAGAGCGCCUGCGGAUCAGGGAAGGACACGGUGGGCACGGUCGCACACAUGGCGUCCCUCGUCGCCGGCUUCUGCUACGUGAUCCUGGUGCUCCCGCCAAUGGGCGACGGGAGCCUCUUCGACAGCUUGCAGCCCUACAUCAUCCCGUGCGGCCUGACGAGCCCCAAGUACACGUCGCUGGACGCCGCCUCGAAGGAGUGUGUGGCCUUCUUCACGAGAGGCAACGGCAUCGAGCUCGAGCUCGCCAGGAAGAUCGCGGCCGGCGUCAUGGGCGGCGGGGUCCUCUUGAGCAUCGUGAACGCCAUCCACAAGCGCGACAUCAGCGACGACGGCAUCGCGUGCUGCACCUGUGGCGAGGUGCCGAAGGGCCAGGGCUCCGGCCCUGCCAGGGGGCCCGAGCAGGAGCAGGCCGAGGCGCUGGAGGCGAUGCGCCAGCGGUCCGCGCAGCUGGCGGAGAAGCUCACCAGCCUGAACCGCAUGCUCAAGAACAUGCCCCCUCCCGAGGCGCUGGCGGCCGCCGCCGCCGGGCAGGCGCCCGGGCCGGCGGCGGGAGGCGGCGUGCAGGCCGCCGCGGGGGCGGCGUGA